AUGGUAAAACAUCUUUCAACUACUAUGGCACUUCAAAGAAGAGCAUAUCCUGUCACACAACACCUGAUAGAGAAGUACUAUGAGUACGUUCUAGGACUUGGGUCCAAAAAUGGUUCGACCCAUUAUCAUCACAAUAAUAGUAAUUUAAACAGUAUCUUACGACGCAGAGGGCCUGAUGUACAGGACCCAGACAGCGAUAAGAAAGAGUCAACAACUGAAGAUCCGGAUUCAAAAGACAAUGAAGAUGAUGCUGUGAACUGUGAAGCACAGGAAGAAGUGGGUUCUUGUUUGACUAGGUUAAAAAAUUAUUUUUAUGGGAUAUUUAUAGGAGACUACGAAAAGGAUCUCCUAAUUGAAAAACUCAAGGUGCAAAAGCAACACGCAAUGUCAUAUGAAGAAUGGAGUACCACUGGUCUUAGGUUGGAUGAGUUAACUAACACAAAUAAAUGGAAACAGAAAAAUGACUCAACCUUAUACGAUUACAAAUUAAUCGAAGAAGUUACUCGUAAGUUGAGGAAGGCAAGACUGGACCAAGAUUACUCUCAGUUAUUAUACCUAAUAAGAACUAACUGGGUUAGAAAUCUGGGAAAUAUUGGAAAUGUAAAUCUAUACCGCCACUCCCACGUCGGUACAAAGACUUUAAUCGAUCAGUACAUGAAGGAAUCUAAGAAAAGCCUAGAAGCUCUCGUUCAUUCCGAUCUAGAUGAAAAUUAUUUGAUAGGAAUAUUGCAACAGACAAGAAGAAAUAUUGGUAGGACCGCCUUAGUUUUGAGUGGAGGGGGUACCUUUGGUCUAUUUCACAUCGGUGUUCUUGUAACACUAUUUGAACUGGACUUACUACCCCGUGUCAUUAGCGGCAGUAGUGCAGGCGCUAUUGUUGCAAGCAUAUUGACAGUUCAUUACAAAGAUGAAAUCCCCAAUCUUUUAGAACAUGUAUUGGAUACCGAUUUCAACAUCUUCAAAGAUGAUAAGAAAAAAAGUGAAAGUGAAAAUUUCCUCAUUAAAAUUUCAAGAUUUUUUAAGAAUGGUACCUGGUUUGAUAAUAAACAUUUAAUGAGUACAAUGAUUGAAUUUUUAGGUGACCUAACUUUUAGAGAGGCCUACAAUAGAACUGGGAAAAUCUUAAAUAUUACCGUAUCCCCAGCUUCACUAUUUGAACAGCCCAGAUUACUAAAUAAUUUAACUGCCCCGAAUGUUUUGAUUUGGUCUGCCGUUUGUGCAUCAUGUUCCUUACCUGGAAUCUUUCCCUCCACACCAUUAUAUGAAAAGGACCUGAAAACAGGGGAAACGAGAGAAUGGUCUGGAAGUAGCUCUGUAAAAUUCGUGGAUGGUUCUGUGGAUAAUGAUUUACCAAUUUCAAGACUUUCUGAAAUGUUCAAUAUUGACCAUAUCAUAGCAUGCCAAGUAAACAUACACGUCUAUCCAUUUUUAAAACUUUCUCUAUCUUGUGUCGGUGGUGAAAUUGAGGAUGAAUUUAGUGCGAGAUUGAGGCAAAAUCUAACCAAAGUUUAUAACUUCAUGGCUAAUGAAGUUAUACAUGCUUUGGAGAUAGGAAGUGAGUUAGGGAUCGCUAAAAACACGUUAACAAAAUUGAGAUCUGUCCUUUCACAACAGUACUCCGGAGAUGUCACAAUAUUACCUGAAAUGAAAACGCUUCUCAGAGUAAACGAACUUCUUACCAAUCCGACAAAAGAAUUUCUCCUAAGGGAAAUUACCAAUGGGGCUCGUGCUACAUGGCCCAAAGUCUCAAUCAUUCAAAAUCACUGUGGUCAGGAAUUUGCUCUUGACAAAGCCAUUUCAUAUUUGAAGGGUAAAAUGAUUGUAUCAUCCUCUAUCAAGAACCCCUUGCAAUUUAGUGAUACAUCUGUUGGCUUAAUCAAGUCACCAUCAAUAAAUGGUAACGGUCAUAGUCGGAGCGCUUUGAUACCGAUAGCAGGUAAAAAGAGGCAUAAAAGUGCUCUGAACGAUGCUAAUGUCCUGGAUGAUGAUAACAUAUUAGAUUCUGAUGCUACAAGCUCCUUAUCGCUAUUAAGAGAGAACGCAAGAAUCUAUAGGCGUUCCACUAGUGGUAGAUUGAAUUUUGCUCCAAAUUCAAUGGCGACAAAACCUCAUCGUAGGAAAUCGGAUACCGGUACCCGUGUAAAACACCAUAUACAUCACUACAACAAUGGCCAUGGCAAACAAAUGUCGUUUUCAGUAUCAUCUCCUGGAUCACGUAUUUCAAGACAAACAAGUAGACAUAACGAGUUUAGCGUUUCUUCUCACAAGAGAGCCAGUUCAGGACAUAUUUACCCACCGUUUGAAGCACGUUCAUUAACCUUACCUGAUGCCAGAAAAUUAUCGCGCACUAUAGAACCACCAAAUACAGUCAUAUAUAACGACGCAGCAUCAUUUGUAUCAAGACCAACUUCAGGCAGAUUGGAAUUCAGACUGAGCCCCGAAGAUGAAUGGAGAUUAAAAGAUACAAAAAAGACAAAAAAGAGGACACCUAUCACUGAUGAUCACAAUAUCUUUGCUACCGAGUCAGACAACGAAGAUAUGCCAGUAGUAAGGUCUAUUAUACAAAGCAGGGAAAGUGCUUUAAAAAGCAAAAUGGAGACUGACACGGGAGAAGGAGAGGAGGAAGAAGAGCAAUUGACGGACACCGAAAGAAAUAGUGCUGAGACAAGUUACGAACAAGAUUUUCCUUAUCCAUUUCAAGAAGAUUACCAACAGCGUCCUCUGAGUGAAACCAGUUCCUCAAGUAAAAAGAGCAAGAAGUUUACCAGAUUCGAAUUGCUGGAAGAUAACAGUGGCGAAAUUUCUCCCAAAACAAAAGCACAAAACAAAAGUACUACGCCGUCUUCUCUGGGAACUCCCUUGCAUUGA